GUGAUGGGUAGAGAUUCGGAAGUAUCUCGGUCUCCGUCGUACAGGAGAAGGCACUCACCAUCACCGGUUCCGGUGAGGAAUCGUCGCCGGAGCCGGAGAGAUAGGAGUCGAUCCCCUUAUUCUUAUAGCAGAUGUUUUAGCAGAUGCUUAUGGAAUCUGUAACUUUGGUGUUCCUAGUGCAAUGUUGCUGAGAGUUUCGCUUUCCGUCAGCACCUUGAUAUACUACAUGCUUCUGGUUGUUGAGUUGAUGAUAUCAUGCCUUCUUCAAGCCUUACCUAUUGUUUCGUCAAUUUGAUAAAAAGCUGCUAAAUUGUAAAUUACAGUUGGAAUGUAUCUUGAUGCUGGGAUUUUUUUUCCUUACAAUGCAACUUCAAACAUAGGAUCUUUAAAACAUAAUUUGAGGGGAUAGUCUAUCCAUCAUUGUUGUUUGAGAAACUAAGUAAAGAAACAAUGGCUUCCUUUGAUGGGGAAGUCAGCAGGUGAUUUUGCCGAUGGGUGUCAUUUCAGUGCUCGGUUGUCAUAUUAGCGAUUUGUUAUGAUAAAGGUGGAGCACACAGUUUAUUCUUUGCAAUAUAUGAGAAGACGAAGUCGUUCAUUAUCCUCUCGGCACCGCAGAAGCCGCUCCCCUAUUUUAAGGCAUCAUGGGAGUUGCUCUCCAACAUCAAAGCGGAACAAAAGACAAAGAAAAAGAAGUACCUCGUCAUCUCCCUCAAGUGCGUCUCCCUACGUAAGUGCUGAUACGAAAGAGACGAAAGAUGCCAGCGAUAAAUUAAGAAAAGAAGAAGAGGAAAAGAAAAGGCGUCAACAGGAGGCAGAAUUAAAAUUAAUAGAAGAAGAAACUGCAAGGAGAGUAGCAGAGGCAAUUCGGAAGAAAGUUCAAGAGGGCUUGAACUCUGAGGAGACCAAGCUUGAAAUAGACAAGCGUCUGCGGGAAGGUAGGAAGAAAGUUGUUGCUGAAGUUGCUGCUCAACUUGAAAAAGAGAAGGAAGCUGCUCUUAUAGAAGCUAUGUGGAAAGAGAGAGUUGUACAAGAACAAGCACAGAGGGGGAAAGAAGAGCUUGAAAGACGUCUGGAAGAGAAUAGGUGGAAGUUGAACGAAGCUCAAAGAGAAGAAGCUUUAGAGCAGGAAAGACAAGAGGAGGAACGUUACAGGGAAUUGGAGGAGCUUCAAAGACAGAAAGAAGAGACUUUGAGAAGGAAAAAGCAGCAAGAGGAAGAAGAACGAGCAAACCAGAUGAAGCUGUUGGGCAAGAAUAAAUCCCGGCCUAAGUUGUCAUUUUCCCUUGGUAGUAGGCCUAUACCCGCAAAAUAUCAAGUAUCGGCUUGUGGUAUCUACCUAUAUCAGACCCUUGUGGCAACCAGGCAUGUCGCUGGGUCAGGUCUGAGGCUCAUAUUGACCAUGUAGCAUUACCCUUCUCAUGACCUAACAUCGUGGAUCGUUAGAUACGUUGCCGUUUUGGAAGUGGCAUUGCUGGAAAUGAAGAUUUUAUUGCUAAUGGUGGUAGAGACUAGAGAGAGGUGGGUAGUGGAUAGGUUGAAACAUCAGCUGGUAGUAUACGGGAAGGCGGUGGAGAGUGACAGGGUUAAAUACAUACAUGAUGCAUCCGGUGUUUUGUGUAUUAGGUAUAUGGAUAUUUGACACAUACUUUCUAGAUAACGGGAUAUGUGUCAAUUGUCUACAUAUGUACUGGGACCAAAUCAAAACUUUCAGGAUGAAUUAAUCAAACAAAUGAAUGUUAUUAAGGA